AUGUUGAACUGUAUCUUCUAUUAUAACAUAUAUAAUAUAUAUAUAUAUAUAUAAAAUAGAAGAUACAGUUCAAAAUAUAAUACAAUAAACCCGAAACUCGAAGAUAAUAUAUUUAAAGAUUUAGCUCGAACUUAUCUGGACGCUCAAGUACUAAACUGAAUGAAAGAUCAACAACUCUGCUCCUUUUAUAGGCGUCCAUCGCGAAGCAGCACACGAAAAUUUACAGUACCAGCACAAAUUUUUUUGCAACGGUAAGUCUUUGAUUUUUUGGGGCUUUAAUGUAGCUCUAAUAUUAAAUUUCCUAAGGCAAAAGAUAUAACGACGAAAUAGUAUUGAAGACAGGUAUAAGGAUCGAUCGGACAUGAUGCAAUGUUGAUUUUAUAGUACCUUUGACCUGAUUUUUUCCUGAAGACUAAAUUUAAAUCUUUUCAACUUUUAAAAAUGAAAAUUAAAAAAAAAUUUAUUUUUUCAAAAUGAAAAAUCACAAAAAUGGUCGUAAAAAUAUUGUUAUUGAUUUACAUUUUCACAUUGAAUUAUAAUUUUGUUGUAGCCAAGAAGAAUCAAUCAGAAUGUGAAAAAUUACCGGUCGAUGAGCUAAAGCGACUGAUACGCGAAGGAGAAUGUAAACCUAUUCAGAUUGUGAGGAAGGAAACGUAAGUUUAUAUGGUUGUAUGUUGAUCUUUUGAGGUUUUUUGAAUUUUUGGUUGAAAAAUAAGUAGAAGACGGGAUAUUGGUCUAGAUUUUGAUAAAAUGGCUAUUCUAUGAAUUUUUGGACCUAUUUCUAUUACUUGACUUUUAGUUUUAACCCCAAUUUCAAUGCAGUAUUCAUAAAAAGACAGUUAAUAAGCUAAAACAAUAUAUUUUGAAGUUUUCAGUACCACAACAACAGUAAAACCACCGUCUCGUCGUAUUUUAUCGACCAAAUCGAAGCGCAAGAUGAUGAAGGUGAUUUACUUUGGUAAUCAGCGUUUCCUCAACAUUUCCAUGAACAGUGAAGACAACGAGAAGCAUCACUACAUUAAUAUUGUGGAAGGGUCUUUCGUGGAACUCAAGUGUAAUGCCAAUGCUUCUGUGGGUUUGUUAUGGUGUUGUAGCUAAUUUUAAAAGAAAAAUUUAAUUUUGUACCUAUUUUUGGGCUUAUCUUUGGCUAACUGGGUGUAAAAUGGGCUGUUUUGCCUAUAUAAGGUUGAUAUUAUUCAUGAUGAACGUGGUCGAUAGUUUUGUUUUAUAAUGUUUAUAAUAUUUUUCUUACUUAAAUUUUGAUUUGCAGUGAAGUGAAUAUCAUUGUUAACGUUUUAGGACUAUAACGAGACAGAAACUCUUCCAAAAUGGUAUGUAGAUGGGGAGGAUAUCAGAUCGUUCCUUGGAUGGAGGGUACAAUUGGCGGAUAACAAUACGAAGCUGUUCUUCACACCGAUUUUACAUGAAUUCGAUAGUGGGCUGUUUGAAUGUUUUGUGGACAAUAAGAUUGCUGGGUUUGUGAACUUAAAGGUCAACAAAAUGUUUGUAAGUAAAAUACGAGGUUUGUAGUUAAUGUAAGGUAGAGCAGGAUAUGAUCGGUCAGGAUAAGACUGGUAUAGUAAGUUCGUUUAGGGUAGGGUAAGGUAACACAGGGUUUGGUAAGUCAUUGAGCAAGUUAAAGUUGUAGGAUAAGGUAGAGAUGAGUAGGUGGGUUAAGGUACGGUAGAGUUGGGUAAGUAUUAUAAUAUAAAAAAAAUAAUUUCAGGACUCAGUACUAGAAGGAAUGUUGAGUUACUUUACAGUAAUUUUGAUUGGAUCACCGAUAUUUUUAUUGAUUACCGUAUGCCGAACUUGCACAAGAGAUGAAAAUAAUCUAGUUCAAACUGAUCCGUUAUUUAUGGAAGAAGAUCCAGAGAAACAAGAAGACUACGAGGAAAUGAUGAUGAAUGUUAAAGAUGCUGAGCUACUCAAAUAA